AUGGAAAGAGACCCAAAGGUUGAGGCCGCAACACCAGCACCAGGACCAGUGAUUCCACAGGGAAAGCCCUACCCCAAGCCUGUACCAGAACCAGCACCAGUGGUUCCCCAAGGGAAGCCCUACCCCAAGCCAGCACCAGAACCAGUACCAGUGGUUCCCCAAGGGAAGCCCUACCCCAAGCCAGCCCCAGAACCGGCACCAGUGGUCCCCCAGGGCAAACCCUACCCCAAGCCUGCACCAGAACCAGCACCAGUGGUUCCCCAAGGGAAGCCCUACCCCAAGCCAGAACCAGCACCAGUAGUUCCCCAAGGAAAGCCUUACCCCAAGCCUGUACCAGAACCAGCACCAGUGGUUCCCCAAGGGAAGCCCUACCCCAAGCCUGCACCAGAACCAGCACCAGUGGUUCCCCAAGGGAAGCCCUACCCCAAGCCAGCACCAGAACCAGCACCAGUGGUUCCCCAAGGGAAGCCCUACCCCAAGCCAGCACCAGAACCAGCACCAGUGGUUACCCAAGGAAAGCCCUACCCCAAGCCAGCCCCAGAACCGGCACCAGUGGUCCCCCAGGGCAAACCCUACCCCAAACCAGCACCAGAACCAGCACCAGUGGUUCCCCAAGGCAAACCCUACCCCAAACCAGCACCAGAACCAGCACCAGUGUUUCCCCAGGGGAAGGCUCCAAAGCCAGUGGCACCUGCAGUGCCUCAAGGAAAGGCCCCCAAAGUACCGAAUAUGGGUAAACAUUUAAGAUUCUCUGCAUGUCCAUGA